AUGGCAGCAGAAAACAUUAGAGUACAAUGUUAUAUCUGUAAUAAAGGGAAUGCGACAUAUCUUUGUCGAGGAUGUUCAAAAGAUUUUUGUUUUCAACAUUUAACAGAACAUCGACAAAUGCUUCAAAGACAGUUAGAGGAAAUCAUUAAUGAUCAUGAUCAAUUUCAACAAACAAUUAUUCAUCAAAAACAUAAUCCAGACAAUUCUUCUUUAAUUCAGCAAAUUAAUCAAUGGGAAAAAAAUUCAAUUGAGAAAAUUCAACAAACAGCACAACAAUGUCGAGAAACACUGAUGAAAUUAAAACAAAAAUCGAUCAAUGAUAUGGAAAAAAAGUUUAGUGAGUUAUCUCAAAAAUUAAAACAAAUUCGUCAAGAAAAUGAAUUUAAUGAAAUUGAUUUAAAUCAUUUUCAAUUAAAAUUAACACAAAUUACAGAAGAAUUUCUUCAACCAUCAAAUAUUUCUCUUCGACAAGAUUCACAAGAAUUUAUCAAGAAAAUUUCAGUUAUUUCGUUACCCGAACAAAUUCGAACAAAAAAGAAUAAAUUUCAACAAUCUGCAAUUACUGUUGCUGGAGGAAACGGGAAAGGACAGGAAUUAAACCAACUCUAUUGUCCUAAUGGAAUCUUGAUCGAUAAUGAUAAAUCAAUUUAUAUUGCUGAUUUACUUAAUCAUCGUAUUGUCAAAUGGAACUUGAAUUCUAAUACUGGUCAAAUCAUUGCAGGUGGCAAUGGACAAGGAAAUCAAAAUAAUCAAUUGUAUUCUCCAAGAGAUAUAAUUUUUGACAAAGAAAAUAAUUCUUUUAUUAUUUCUGAUUGGAGAAACAGACGAGUACUUCGAUAUUUUGAUAAAAAUCAACAAAUUAUUAUUUUAAAUAUUAUAUGUUGGGGUCUGACAAUUGAUAAAAAUGGAUUUAUUUAUGUUUCUGAUCAUGAGAAUCAUGAAGUAAGACGAUGGAAACAACGUGAUAAAAGAGGUGAAUUGGUUGCAGGUGGAAAUGGUGAAGGAAAUCAUCUUAAUCAACUCAAUUGUCCCACUUAUAUCUUUAUUGAUGAAGAUUAUUCUCUUUAUAUAUCAGAUAAUGGGAAUCAUCGUGUGAUGAAAUGGAAAAAAGAUGCAAAACAAGGAGUUAUUAUUGCUGGUGGAAAUGGUGAAGGAAAUAGUCUCAAACAAUUGAAUCGUCCUCAGCGAGUGAUUGUUGAUCAUUUGGGCCAUAUCUAUGUGGCAGAUUCCUGGAAUCAUCGAGUAAUGCGUUGGUGUGAAGGAGAUAAAGAAGGUGAAAUUAUUGUUGGUGGAAAUAGUCAAGGAAAUGAAUCAAAUCAAUUGAGUUUUCCCAUUGGUUUAUUAUUUGAUAAUGAAGAAAACCUUUAUGUUGCUGAUUGUGACAAUCACCGAAUCCAAAAAUAUGAAAAAAUUUCAAAUUAA